AUGAUAGAAGGUGGCUAUUGCAAACGUUGGAAAAAGGAUGCACUAGAACUGUCUGUUAAUGAUUGUGAAGUAAACCCCAGUAGUGGAUUUUUCACUUUGGACAACUCUCUGAUUAUUGCAGUUAUAUCGUCUAUUGCGUCAAUUACUCAACAGUGUUAUACCCAACAAGAGAUCGGAAAUUAUUUCAUCAGCUAUUCGUAUUCUGUUUUCUCGUUAAAAAUUUACUUUAAUAGGUUGAUUCAAAAUGUAUUAGCUCCUGUAGGAAUUUUCUUAUAA